AUGUCAGAGAAUAACAAAAAGUCAGUAAUUAUUGUGAAAUAGAACUAAAAAGAAGAAGAGGAAGAUGAAUCUGAAUCAGAAUCUGAGUCAUCUCAUUGUUUCGUGAAUUUUGUGAAUUCUUAUUCAAGGUUCAUUAAUGAAUAAAGUGACACUUGUUUGGAGAUGGGCUCAGUCCUUAAUGAAUUAAAUGAAUAAUUAUCAAGCUCAAAGCCUCCUUAAGGAACAGUAGAAGAGUUAUAAUAGAUCUUAGAAAUAACUCCUUAAUAGAUCAAUGAACUUGCUCAACAACUCAAACAACUUCCCGAUUCUAAAAUAUAUUAGUGUAUCUAAAAUAUUGAGAAGUAUGUAUAUUUUAGUAAUAAAAUAGAUUAAAUUUGAAACUACAAUUAGAUUUGAAUGUUGAAAUGGAGAAAGCCAAAGCAAAUGGAUUGAUCUGA